GCUUAUAUUUUUGACAAUGAAUCAAGUUCUUAGGUUAUAUACACUGUUCUUAGGCUGAAAUUGACUUACACUGAUUGCUUCAUAGCUUUGUGACAAUCUGUGUCAAUAAUUUUUUUGAAAUUGUGUUUUUACGAAGGUCGAACUGAAUGGCCAGGAUAUCGCAAAAAAAAUUAAUUUAACCAUGUUGCGCCACUUUUUCAAAUCAUUGGAGCCUUUAACUAACAAAUUGACAAGGACAAUAUCUGGCGUUGGUAGCAGUGGAAAUGGCGCGGGCGCUGCAGUAAGUCCUUUUGAGCGAAAUUGUGAGACCAAAGAACAACAGUUGUCAGCUGCUCUCAAGAAAACGCUACCCGGCAUCACUUACAUCAGUGUGGAAGAUAUAUCUGGAGGAUGUGGUGCAAUGUUUGAGACUGCAUGCCCACUGGGUCACUCUGCAACAACAUUACCGGCCCUCAUGCUUAUGGGUAGGUACACAUAUUUUACUUUGUGACUACACAACUACUGAAUUUAUGUACAAUAAUUGAUUUGCUGCACCCUCAUAGAAAACAAUAUAUAUAAAAAUUUUAUAACUUAAGAAUGGGCUCACCUAUCCAAACCAAAUGUUUAGGCUUUGUUUAGACUAUUUAGUAGAUGGUUUAUGUGAAGUUUGCACAAAAUCGGUCAAGUUCUUCAUUUCUCACAUUUUUUGUAACAAAUAAAUUCAAUAAAUGGUGGAUCAUUUUAUUAAUAGGGACUUUUGUGCCAAAUUCAAACUUUCUUUAGGAUGGGGAUUGUGCUGUCAAAUUGAAACUUUUUUCAGUGCUGACAGUACAAGCAUGUUGUUGUUAUUCAUGCGGUCAUGUAAAAUUUUGUUUUUAUUAUUUCACUUUAUACGUAGCAAAGAACGUACCGGGCCACUAGUACUGUAUAUAGUACACUUAGUUAAUUUG